UCCCGUUCCUCGAGGCACGCAGCCGGGCCGGCGACUCGCGCCCUCAGCCGCCUCUUGCCGAGGUUUCCCCGCCGACAGCAGGGGCAGCUCCCGACCGUCUCCGCCCGCUCCGCCUUCUCCCUCUCCCUCCCCGCCCGGCGCCAGGCCAGGCAGUCCCCGAGCGAGCAGAGGAGGGCGAAGCAGGCCGGCCGGCCAGCCAGCCGCUGAGCUGAACGCCGAGGUGUCGCGCCCGGCCCUGCCAGCGCCGCCGGUUCCCGCACAGCAGCCAGCGAGCGACUUUGGCGCAGCCGACGGAGGUCUCGCCACGCGGCUCCUGGCGGGCUCCUCCCCUGGCCGCUGGGGAAGCCGCUUCCCGUCCGUGCACUGACCACUCCUCUCCCCCGCGCGCCCCCCGCGGCGGAAUUCCCGAUUCCGUCUCCUUGGCGGAGGGGAAACCCGGAGGGGGAGGGCUCCUGCUCCACGCCGCCUCUCGACCGCCGCGCUCAGCUCCUGCCUGUCGAGGGCUGAGCGCGGACCAGCAACCCGAGCCUGCGGCGCAAAGCAACCUUUCGCCUUCCCCAUCAUCAACCAGACUCAUCCCUCCGCCACCCGCCCCGUCACAGCCCCGGCUCUUGACCUCUGCCUUCGCCACCUGCCCGCUCCGUUUGCUCUCUUCGGCUCCCAGCCUCCACGGAGCCCCCCAGCACAGAGGGCGAGGCGGGGAUGGCCCCCGAGCUCCUGCUGCUGCUGCUGCUGCUGCUGCUGGGGGCGUCGGGGGCCGGGGAGCCGCCGGCAUGCCCCCCGGGGCCAGAGCCCGGGCCGCCCUACGACGCGCUCUACACGGCCGGCGUGGAGGCGCACUCGCGGGGGGACUUCGCCGGCUCCGUGCGCUGCUUGGAGCGGGCGCUGAGCGCCGAGCGCCGCCUGCGGGAGACGCGCCUGGGCUGCGGGGUGCGCUGCCGUCGGGAGGCGCCGCUCUCGGCCCCCGCCGCCGAAGAUGCCGCCCUCCGGGACCUGCCCGUCUUCGCCGCGCUGCUCCGCCGGGCGCACUGCCUGCGCUCCUGCCGCCAAGGCGCGCGUCUCGGCGCCGACUCCCGGCACGUCGCCAACGAGGAGGUCCGCGCGGAUUUCCAGCGCCGGGUGCCCUACAGCUACCUCCAGAGGGCCUACAUCCAGUUAAACCAGCUGGACAAGGCAGCUGAUGCUGCUCACACCUUCUUUUUGGCCAACCCAGAGCACAUGGAAGUUCAGCAAGACCUUGAGAUUUACAAGACCAUGGCGGGCAAGGUGGAUUUGGUUGACCGGGAGGCCAGGCCACACAUGGAGGACUAUCUUUCGGGAGUGAGGCAUUAUGAACAAGAAGAGUACCACCUGGCAAUUGAUUUCCUGGAAAGGGCACUGGGAGGCUACAGCAUUGCUGAUACAGAAUGUCGGGUCCUGUGUGAGGGAUCGCAGAGAUUUGAGGAAUAUGAGUAUUUGGAUUAUAAAGCCACCCUCUAUGAAGCGAUCGCAGAUCACUACAUGCAAGUCCUGGUGUGUCAACACGAGUGCGUGAGGGAGCUGGCGACGCGGCCUGGGCGCCUCUCUCCCAUCGACAACUUCCUUCCCCUGCACUAUGACUUCUUGCAGUUUGCCUAUUACAGAGUUGAUGAUAAUGUCAAAGCUCUGGAGUGCGCCAGGUCUUAUCUCCUGUUCCACCCAGACGAUGAAGAUGUCUUAGACAAUGAGAGCUAUUAUGAAGCCCUCUUGGAAGGCUCUGUGGACUUGGGGAGCAUCAAACCCAGAGAGGAAGCUGUGACAUUCCUGAGGCGACAUAAGCUGGAAUCAUACCUCUUACAGACAGGAGCAGCUGGCCUUGGGUUCUUGUACACUGAGUCGACCUACUGGAGCAUCUCUGGGACUCGGCAGGAUGAGCACAGACAUGCUAAAAAAAACCCACACAUGCAUGCGGCUAGCCCCUGUCCUUCUGGAAGUGGAUGUGGAGGAAUCUUCAGGGACCACAAAAUCCUAAAGGCCCUUUUCACAGGGGGUCCCCUCCUCUUCAGUGAUGUGGAAUUUGUCUACAACUCAGAGCAGCUGAACGGGACCCAGCGGGUGCUGCUGGAGAAGGUGAUGACAGAGGAGGAGUGUCAGGAGCUGCACCAGGUUGCCAGCGCUAUUCUGUUGGCUGGCGACGGGUACAGAGGAAAGACUUCGCCUCACACCCCCAAUGAGAGGUUUGAAGGGGCCACGGUCCUCAAAGCUCUCAAGUUCGGCUACGAGGGGCUACUUCCUCUGAAAAGUGCCCGCCUCUUCUAUGAUGUCAGCGAGAAAGCCCGCAAGAUUGUGGAGUCCUAUUUCAUGCUCAAUUCCACCCUCUACUUCUCCUACACGCAUCUGGUGUGCCGGACGGCUCUGACAGGCCAGCAGGAACGGAGGAAUGACCUGAGCCACCCAAUCCAUGCUGACAAUUGCCUCCUGGACCCAGAAGCCAAUGAAUGUUGGAAAGAACCCCCAGCUUACACCUUCCGAGAUUACAGCGCUCUCCUGUACAUGAACAGCGACUUUGAAGGUGGCGAAUUUAUCUUCACCGAAAUGGAUGCCAAGACUGUUACGGCCUCUAUAAAACCCAAGUGUGGGCGCAUGAUCAGUUUUUCAUCUGGCGGGGAAAAUCCUCAUGGAGUCAAGGCUGUUACCAAAGGCCAGCGGUGUGCAGUUGCCCUGUGGUUCACCCUCAACCCUCUUUACCGGGAACUGGAGCGGAUCCAAGCAGACGAAGUCAUUGCGGCAUUAGACCAGGAGCGCCUCGGACCCAGCGAACACGGCAUCAACCCCAAGGAAGAGCUAUGAACUAGGCCAAGGACAAGCCAUUAAAAUAUUUAUUUAAUAUUUGUUUAAAAUCUUAUCAACAGAACCCUUUAUUUUUGUACAAAGCCUGGUAUAAAUUAAUGGACAGAUUCACAGGGAACAAGUGGAGGGCUUUCCAAGACGCCCUCCUCCUCCUCCUGCAUUGGGCACAGCUCACCCACACCCCUCCUAUGCGCCUCCUGAGUUGCCCUCAGAAAUCUCCCCUUGGGAUUCCCCUGCACUUUUCGGGACCCCUCUGCUCUCGGCCACAGCCCAUUCACAGAUUCUCCAGACUAGUGCUCCCUUUCUCAGUGGAGCGGGGCCAAGAAGAAAGAACCUCAAGGCCUACAUUUCCUGAACUCACCUCCUUUCUCUUGGAGCACCUUCCACCCAAUCCCAGGUUUCAGCAGGACUCUAUCUGGGUGUCUUUGUUGGCGAGGGACAGCUCUCUUCCAAAAGCACUCUUUGCUUGUCCCAUGUGCCAGAUCUGAGCCCCCCCACCGUGGUAUUAAAAGCUCACUUAAGUUGUAAUCCUGUACCCACUUACCUGGGAGGAAGCCCUAUUGGACUCCUUGGGGCUUACUUCUGAGUAGACAUAGGAUUGUGCUGUAAGUCACCUGUAGCUUCUCUUGGUCUGUCUAUUGGAAGACUGGGUCCAUGUACGAGGGCAGUCUUUGCCUACCUGUUUGAUGCCAGCUGUCAUUAGUAAUGCCCACUAUUAGACCAGCCUGGCUGGGGCAGAAGGAAAUUGUAGUCCAAAACAUAUGGAGGUCCUCCAAUUGACAGACGCUGUAUUAGAGAUAGUAGACGGCAGUUGAGUUUCACAUGCAAUCACUUCUCAGCCUUUUAGCUAAGAUCAAGAGUAGAGAUUUGCAUGCCAGUCCAGCUGUUUUGAACAAUUUCUAUCGGGGCAUGAGAUCUCUCUAGAACUUAACCCAUCCUGGAUUUCCUCUUCCCCACAGAAGGAGAAAGGUUUGACCCUGAACCCAAGAAAAUCCAGACUUGUUUCAAGCAAAAGAUCCUUCUAGCUCAGUGCUCUGUCUCUGUCUGUGGUCAGUCAUGUGCCUCAAGAAAGGCAUCACCAGUUAAAAGGAUCUGCUGAUGGGAAAGAGACUGCCUUGUGCUUUGAAGUAGGGAUCGGGUUUGGUAGCUGCUCCCUGCCUAUUUGAAUUCUGGCAGUCUGGCUUUCAAUACUGAUCUGCCAUGUUUUUGUUCCCAAUAGCUUGCGCAAUUGCCAAUUCACAUUUUUUUUCCCCAACAAAAAAACCACGCAAUUGCUAACAGGAAUGCUAAUGAAGAUGCUUGUGCUGUAGGCACUUGUUCCACUGAGUUGAGUUAAGAAUGCAUCAGCUUAGAGGAAAGCUGGUUACAAAGACAAUAAUGUAAAAUUUGGAGCUGGUUGUUUUGUUUUUAAAGGGCAAAUGACAGCCACAACCGGCUGCAAGAAAUCAAUGCUGGCCCGAAAACAAUGUGGAUUCUCAGAUUAUAACAAAAUCCAGUAAUAAAUCAGAUUUAGUGAAUAUCCUCCCCCAUCCUUACUUGGAAGUGCUUUUUCCAGUCAGAGGGUGAAUUCUGGGCUAGGCUGACAAAUACUCUGGCAUGUGGCAGCUUCCUACAAAUCUGGAGAUAACCCUCCCCCAUUUUUUGUCUUCAGCUUUUGGUCCUUAGAUGUACUGCCUCCCUGAAUGCAGCGGUGCCAGCUGUCAUUGCUAAUGCCCACUAUUAGAUCUAUGAUAACUUAUGGAACUCACUGCCACAAGGUAAUUGCGUGUCGAAGGAAGACGUGUUUCCUUGUAUUCCUUCUGACCGCAAUGCCAAAAAUCUCAUUGGAUUACUUACAAAUUCAUCCUAGGUUUUGUAGUGGAGAAAGCACUUCUAAGUGAGAACCGCUUGUCUCUCUUUCUUUGGUUGUGUGAUGGGGGAGGAGAGCACGGACACUGGAAUCCUCAUGUCAAAUGCACUGAGCCUCUAAGGUAAGACUAGUAGGUCGACAUUCCUGUAAUUGAUAAGAAUAUUCAGAGUGAAACCUCUUACCUGUUGACUUGUGUUAGCAGACACAUGGCCACAAUCCCCCUCCCAGACGUUCUCCCGGGGAAGCCCUACUGGAAUGAAUGAGAGCUUGGGGGAAGGCAUGGUUCAGUGGCUGCCAGAGCAACUACUUUCCAUGCAGAAGUUCAACCCCCAGCAUCUCCAGGUAGGACUCGGACCCCUUGCCUGAAACCCUGGAGAGCUGCUGCCAGUCAGUGUAGACAAUACUGAGAUAGAUAGAUGGACCAAAGAGAUGGACUCUGUAGAAAGCAACUCCCUGUGGGGCUUGUACAAGAUCGCUGGAUCGUCACCUUCCAGUGGUGAGUGGGCUUGCGUGUUCCAAUGAACCCUGUGAGCGAUGUCGUCGGGAGUCAUGUACUCCCAGCAGGGUCACCCAUGGCAGUAAGGUCAAGGGAGAGGAACCAGACAAAGAAUGAUCCAAGAAUGUCCUUGACAGCAGAACAGGUGGAGGAUAUCAAGGUGCAUGUUACAACGUCUGUGAAGGUGGAUGAAGGCUGCAGCAAAUAAAAGACUUCCAGUUGUCGUGAUACCCAUGCCAUUGGAUCAAAGUCUUUUUCUGUCAAGAUUGUGUGUUGAUCGUCGUGCACCGAUCUCCCCAUAUAAAACAAAUUCAUGCACAGGCAUCUUCCAACCAAAUUAUCUUGGAAGGCAAUCUUGCUCGGCCAUGAGUGAUCGCCAACAACACAAGAGAAUCUCCGGGGGGGGGGGCAGGAUUGUGCUUCCUGAGUCAUCUCUUUGUGCCUCACCCUCUGCUGCCCACAUCCACCACCUCAACUUUUUCAUGCACUGGAUGCCUUUGGCUCCCAUUUGCUGCCUCUGCAGGAUGGCUCUGGCACCACUGGUGUAAAGAGGCUGCAAACCGGUGUCCUUCAUUUUCACACCUUAAAACACACACACAAGCUGGAUCCUGGAACAUCCCUUGCUCAGACUAAUCUGUGCAGGGUAAGUAGCCGGAGCCUCAUCUGCCCUGCAGAUAUGCUGAAGGGAUUUUGAUGUUCACCCCAGAGCUGUGCCUAAACCCAGGGGGGAAUAAACUAAACUCAGAAAACAUAUCUGCACAUUCUCUCCUCUUUUUAUGGUCUCCACUUGAUUCUUAGCACAGCAAUGUGAAGAAGGCAGAGGUUAGAGGUGGGAGGCAGAGAAACCUCUUGAAGGGCACUGUCAUCUUCCUUGUGCUUGAAACUUGGGAUGGACAAAUCUGUCAAUUUCAGUUACUUUCCGAUUCUCAUUUUUCCACUCUUAAAUUCAGUUCACCACGUUCCACAUCCGUUUGCUUUUUUUUGUUAAAACCCUCACAAAAUUCAUCAGUGCUCGUUUCUCCUAACAGACAUAUUUUUGCAUAAAAUUUCCCCAAUGUGCACAUUUAUGCAAGCAAUUUUUCAUCAUUUAAAGCAUUUUUCCUAUAGUAUUUUCACUUACUGUAUAUAUGCAUUUUUAAGCAUACCUAAAAAUUCGCACAUCUUUGUAUGCAGUGUUUGGCUGGAGAACUGCGUCGCAAAAUUCAGAGAAAUGCAAAAUUUGAAGAAUACCCACAUUAAAAAAAAAGGACAGCUGCAUUUAAAUUUGCAUACUAUUUGGGGAAGUGCAACUUACGUUCACAUUAAAAUGCAAAUCAAACCAAUUUUCUCCCACAUCUCUACUAACAAAGUUACUCCGUUCGGAGCUGUCCAUCCUCCAAGUCAAACCUGACCUGCAACUUCAGAAAGAGGUUGGGGAAAGAGACUUCAGAAAUUCCCCUAAUCCAAAUUUCUCACCAGGUUUUGGAGUUUGGAAUUACCUCCUUCAGCUUCCAAAGUGGGACCAAGGCAUUUGGAAUCUUCCUUUGUUUCAUCACCGCCACCACUGUCCAAAUUUUGUACCGAGCACUGUUCAUCUACAAUUUGUCACAGUUUUUGGUUUGUUCAACCCUGCUAAAUU